UCCUAGGAACAUAGAAACCCCGAACUUGUUUUUGCUGACCACAAACCAAUAUGCUUCGUUCGCACAAUCCCAAUUCCCAACCAGACACUUCUGCUUACAGUGUACAAAGUAGAAAGUAGAGAGCAGAAGAGGGGGAAUUGUAAGUGCUAGGAUCGUAUUCAAUUCGACUAAUUACAUUCCAGAAGAAAAAACAGGGGAGAAGCAAAAGAGGAUGAAUAAGUCGUUAUCGCAUGGAGUCCAUAAUUGGAAGAGUUUGCAAUCGAUAGCCAAGAAGAUUGCUCACAAAUCAAAGCGCUUUUUCAGCACUUCGAAAGAGAACGAAGCAACAGCUGAAGACGUCUGCAAAAUUUUAGGGCUUAAGAACUGGCAAUUCCUCUUAGAUUCAUCGGGAGUGCCAUCAAAACUCAACCCGGACGUGCUUUACUCGGUGCUUCACAGAAGCAGAUCGGCUGUCCACCCAAAGCGCAUGCUUUUCUUCUUCGAUUGGUCCUCCCAGAAAAUGGGUAUUCCUCCGGACAUAAAUUCUUUUUCUAUUCUUGCUGUAGCAUUAUGUCAUUCCAACUUAUACUCGGCAGCAUCUAGUUUGUUGGAGAAAAUGAUUGAAUGCCCAUUUUGCAUCUUCGAUAUUUUAAGCUCAUUGCGGAAGCACUUUGAAGAAUGUGGUAGGUCUACAUCAAGUUCCCUAGUUUUUGAGUUGCUAAUUGUUGCUCUGAGGAAAAAGGGCAUGUUGAAUGAAGCUGUUUCAGUGUUUUUGGGUGUUAAAGAUGUUGAGCCUGCACCUGGUUUGCUUUGUUGUAACUCAUUGCUGAAGGAUUUAAUCAAGGGGAAUAAAAUGGAGAUGUUUUGGAGUGUUCAUAAUGCAAUGGUGGAGAGAAAUAUCGCUCCAAAUGCUUACACUUGUACUACUGUUAUUAAUGCUUAUUGCAAGUGUGGGAAUGUAGGGGAGGCCAAAAAGUUGCUCUUUGAGAUGUUAGAGAAGGGAUGGAAUUCAAAUUUGGUUACUUAUAAUGUGGUGAUCAAGGGGUUAUGUGGCUCCGGGCAUGUUGACGAGGCAGUAGAGUUGAAGAAGACAAUGGUGGAGAGGGGCCUAGGACCGGAUAGUUAUACUUAUGGCUCACUCAUAGACGGGUUUUGCAAGAAAAAAAGGUCUAAGGAAGCAAAGCUGAUUUUGAAGGAAAUGUGGGAAGUGGGUGUCAAACCCAACCAUUUUGCCUACACUCCACUAGUUGAUGGUUUAAUGAAAGAGGGUGAUAUAGAAGAAGCAUUUAAAGUCAAGGAUGAAAUGGUUGCGCGUGGGAUCAAUUUGAAUCUUGUGACUUAUAAUACUAUAUUGAGUGGGCUCUGUAAAUUAGGUAAAAUGGAGAAAGCUAUAAAUCUUAAGACUGAAAUGAUUGCCAUGGGUUUAUAUCCUGACACUCAGGCAUACAAUUAUUUGAUAGAGGGAUACUUCCUGCAGAAUAACAUGGGAGGGGCUUCUGAAAUACUGGCUGAGAUGAAAGAAAGAAAUUUGAGGCCUAAUGCAUACACUUUCGGAAACCUAAUCAAUGGAUUUUGUCUUACUGGAGAUCACAGUAAAGCAAUUCAUACACUGGAACAAAUGAUUAAGGCAGGUGUUAGAGCAAGUGCUGCUAUUCUGACUCCUAUUUUAAAAUGUUAUAUUCAGAAUGGGGAAUUCGAAGCAGCACAAACUUUCUUGGAUGAAAUGUGGUUGAAACACGUGUUGCCUGAUGUCUUUUGUUAUAAUUACAUUAUUAUUGGUCUCUGCAAAGCUGGAAGAAUGGAAGAAGCACAAGUGUGUUUAGAUAAGAUGGAGAAGAGGGAAUUAAGGCCAAAUGGAUACACUUUUGGAGCUUUUAUUUUUGCCUAUACGGAAAAGGGUGAAGUCCAAAUGGCAGAGCAGUAUUUUAAUGAAAUGCUUGGUCGAGGUAUAGCACCCGAUAUUGUGCAUUAUACAUCUAUGGUUGAUGGAUACUGCAAAUCGGGGAAUACAAUUAAAGCACUUUCAGAAUUCAGAUCCAUGCUCGGCCAAGGGCUCCUCCCAGAUGUGAAACUAUACACUGUACUUAUAAGUGGCUUUUCUAAAUGGGGAAAAUUGUCAGAAGCCAUGGAUGUUUUAUCUGAACUCUGUGAUAGGGGGUUAGUCCCUGAUGUUUUUACCUACACCUCUAUUAUUUCUGGUUUCUGCAAGAUUGGUAAAACGGAAGAGGCUUUUCAACUUCUUGAUGAAAUGUAUAAGAAGGGUAUUCUUCCCAAUAUUGCCACAUAUAAUGCCUUAAUAAGUGGACUUUGCAACUCAGGUAACCUUCUAAGAGCUAGGGACCUGUUUGAUGGAAUCCCUGAGAAGGGUUUGGCACCAAAUGGCUUGACAUAUGCUACUAUUAUAUAUGGUUAUGCAAAAAAGGGGAAUCUAGAUGAAUCAUAUCAUUUGUUUGAAGAAAUGCAAUCAAAGGGCUUUCAACCAGAUGUCUCCACAUACAGUGCUAUCAUCCAUGGAUGCUUCAAGGAAGGAGAAUCAGAAAGGGCAUUGUCGACAUUUCAAGAAUUAGUAGAGAGUGGGAUGAAAUCCUAUGAUAAAAAAGAAUUUAAGUAGGAUGAAAUCCAAUGGUAAAAAAUUUGUGUGCUGCUUAUAGGUUGAAGAAGUAAGGGUUAGAGAAGGAAAGGCGGUGAAUAUCCAUAUGUUAUGCAGCCGCAAACCAGGCCUAUUACUCUCAACCAUGAAAGCUCGUGACAACCUUGGUAUAGACAUCCAACAGGCUGUCAUUAGCUGCUUCAACGGGUUUGCCUUGGAAAUCUUUCGAGCAGAGCAAUGCAAGGAAGGUCCUGAUGUCCAUCUGAUCAAAUCAAAACUCUACGUAUGGACUCAGCGAGUUUCAACCAGAUGAUUUAAUAAGCUUUGGAGGAGCCAGUAGGGACAUUUUCUGAUGCAAGUCACAGGCAUCUUUGUUGUUCAGAUCAUCUCGCAGUUCCUCUUGGUUUGCAUAACCUUCUAGUUUCAACAUUUCAGCUUAGCACCUUAGCUUUAACCAUUUAUAUGUUUCGUCUUUUCCCGAUGGGAAACCGUUGUUAUUUGUUUUGUUAGUUCUGGAAACUGAGCAUGUAGAACAUUACUGUUCUUAAGUGGUUUCAAGCCACUUUUGCGGAAGUUUCUUUCGAUGUGUUAUCUUGUUAUGUGAAGUUAGGCACCUUAUAGAGCAUGUCUCUUCUGAAGUGCAACUUCUCAUUCUCAAGUUCAUUUAUGCUCACAGCUCACCUUGAUCG